AUGACAGCGAUAUUCGAAAAUUCGAAACCAACAGAGGAGGUUGCGGUUGACAAUGUGAAGAAUGUCACUUUCAAUGAACAAACCAAUUAUGUGCCUAAACGCACUAUCAUCACGAUUUUCCUGGCGUGUUCCAGCGUUGAUCUCCUGGCAUUGAUGGACCAGACGACGCUCGCAGCCAGUUUGUCUAUCAUAGGAAACGCAUUGGGGGCCAGUGAUCAGACCUCCUGGAUUUCGGGCGGUUACUUCGUAACAUCAACAUGUUUCCAAUUGCUUUAUGGAAAAUUAUCCGACAUUUGGUCUCGCAAGCUCGUGCUCUUUGCCGGACUAGCCAUAUUCUUCUUUGGAUCAUUGGCAGCUUCCCUUGCGCAGACAGCCACGCAAUUGAUUGUCUUCCGAGCUUUCACCGGUGUUGGCGGCGGUGGUCUCAUGACGGUUGCACAGAUGAUCGUCAGCGACGUUGUCCCUCUUCGUGAACGAGGCAAAUAUCAAGGUAUUCUUGGUGCCGUCGUUGCUAUUGCUAACGGUAUCGGUCCUGUCAUCGGAGGUGCACUAGCUUCCAUUUCCAAAGACUCGUGGCGAUGGAUCUUUCGCUUGAAUCUGCCACUCACUGCGCUCACCACGUUGGCUGUUUUGUUCUUUAUGCCCCUUCGGAAAGUCACUGGCGAUUGGAAAAUCAAGUUGAAGGCAAUUGAUUUCUUUGGUGCGCUUCUGGCUCUCGGUGGGACUUCGGUCUUGCUGCUUGGUUUGACUUGGGGUGGCGGCGAGUAUGAAUGGAACUCGGUGCAUGUUAUUGCAACUCUGGCGAUUGGCCUCACCAUCUCUGUUGCUUUUGUUGUGUGGCAAUGGAAGGGUGCAUCGACACCGCUGGUUCCAAUGCACAUCUUCCAGGGUCGGAUUGUGAACGGCGCUUGUCUGACCAUGUUCAUCAACGGGUGGAACUUUUUGGUACAAGUUUACUAUAUUCCCAUUUUCUAUCAGCUGGUGUUUGGAUAUUCAACGGUAAAAGCAGCAGCAAUGCUGCUCCCUAUCACACUCAUGCAAACUAUCAGCAGCACAGGUUCCGGUCUUGUUGUACACUGGGUAGGCCGCUACCGUGAAUGCAUCCUGUUUGGAUGGAUAAUCUGGGCAGUUGGCCUUGGUCUUUUCUCAACACUUGAUCAGCAUUCGGGAUUGGGAAAGCAGAUUGGGUAUGGCAUUCUGACUGGUGUCGGGGUUGGAAAUACUCUGCAGCCCUCUCUCAUUGCAGUUCAAGCCGGUGUUAAAAGACGGGACAUGGCGGUGAUAACUUCAUUCAGAAACUUCGUACGAAACCUCGGUGGCACUCUAGGGCUCGCUAUUGCCGGAACUAUCAUAAAUAAUAUCCUCGCUUCGUCCAUUUCAAAGCUCAAUCUCGAUGAAAUUCAGUCUCGCUCUCUUCUCUCGAGCCCACAGAGCUAUCUAUCAAAGCUAUCUGUAGAGGACGCUAAGCAUGUCCGGGGUGUGUUAACUCCGGCAUAUCAAAAGGGGUUUCGCAUCAUUUUCAUUGUCGGUGCAUCCCUUGCAACAUUUGCUUUCUUUUUGGCUUUUUGGUUGAUGCCACAGGUUGCCUUGAACCGAGCGGACGAUCAAGCUUUGAAGGAAGAAGGAAAGAAACGACUCAAUGGAGGGUUGGACGAAGAAAAAAAGUGA